UAACCGGGCUGGCGGCGGCGGUGGGGGUUCUUACACACACAGGCCGGAGCGGCUCACCCCCGGUACCACACAGCCCGGCACCGGGCGGCUCCUGCCCCCCCCGCCCUGCACACAGCGCCCCCUCUAGUGUUACCCUCUAUAUACCGCUCUACGCUGCUGCACCCCAUCCUCCAUCCCCAGGAGCCCCUGACAUGCCCAUCAUGAGCAGCUGCAGAGCGGAGACCCAGGCAGCGGGGGAGAGGACGGUGAGCUCGGCACCGCACUGCAGGAAGAGGAAGGCAGAUGUAGCUAUUUGUCUGCCGGACCCAGAUGAGAGCCUGGAGCUGAUCCAGAUGACUAAGAAAAAGCAAUGUGAGCACAUGGCGACUCUGAAGUGCGAACGUGCGUACAAAAGUCUCUACAAGUCCAUUCCUACGCCUGAGAAGGAGGGAGACCUGCCGGAGGCUGGCGUGUACCCGGAGUACCUCCAUCUGCGAUUCCCGUCUGCCACCGUUUCUCCUCUUCCACAACUAAGCUGGGCUAAUCAGGAUGACGUCUGGCGGAACAUGCUGCAAAAAGACCGCACCUAUCCCAGGGAUAAGAAUCUGUUCCGGCGGCAUCCUGAGCUGCAGCAGAACAUGAGGGGUGUACUGCUGGACUGGCUCAUGGAGGUCUGUGAAGUUUAUAAGCUGCAUCGCGAGACCUUCUAUCUGGCACAGGACCUCUUCGACCGCUUUAUGGCAACACAAGAAAACGUCAUGAAGAGCCGCCUGCAGCUCAUUGGCAUCGCCUCCUUAUUCAUAGCUGCAAAGCUGGAGGAGAUUUACCCUCCCAAGCUGCAUCAGUUCGCCUACAUUACAGAUGGGGCCUGUACGGAGGAAGAGAUCAUCAGCAUGGAGCUGAUUAUAGUGAAGGCACUUAAGUGGUGUUUAACUCCAAUGACUGUGGUCGCGUGGCUGAAUGUCUACCUACAAGUGGCCUACAUGAAGGAGCUGCAGCAGUUCCUGCUCCCACAGUACCCUCAGCAGACGUACAUACAGGUGGUGGAGCUGCUGGACUUGUGCAUCCUUGACAUCGGGUGUCUGGAAUAUCCGUACAGCGCGGUCGCAGCCUCUGCACUAUACCACUUCUCCAACGCCGAGCUGGUGGAAAAGGUUUCCGGCUUCCAAUGGAAGGAGCUGGAAGGCUGCAUAAAACAUCUGGUGCCUUUUGCUAUGGCCAUAAGGGAUACAGGCAAGCAAUCAAAAUUAAAGUUCUUCAAGGGUGUGGAUAUGGAGGACAUGCACAACAUCCAGACACACACAGGCUGCUUGGAGCUUCUGGAAAAGGCUCAAAUAAAGAAGGAAUUGUUGGAGGAACAGAAUCGGGUCUCUCCGGUACCAAGUGGUGUCCUGACGCCCCCGGCGAGUGACAAGAAGCCAAGGACUCCUGACUUGGACUGAUGCUGCCACGGGUUGGACUAUUGACUUGGCAGCGGAUGCCGUAUGGGGAUACUACAAGUUGGCACUGUAUAUGCUUGAUAAACUUCCUGGGUGUUACCCAUCACGGCGCACGUCUUCUGUCGAGUCGCACUCGACUCUUAUUGUAUUUUAAUGAACGGCGAUGGAAAGCCUGUGUUAUUAUUUUGUUGCUGCUAUGAAAAUGCUGCUCGACGCCGAGGAAUUGGGGUGGGUGGGGGGGGGGGGGGGGUCCGCUACUCUGCGGUCCUGCUAGGUGUCCGGUGUACUUGUCUGUGUGCAAUCUCUCCUAUCUGUUUUUACAAACUGUCCCUAUAUAUAUAUUUUGUUUCUAUAAACUUUCUAGAGAUGCUGCUAUAUCUUUUUAAAUAAAGAUGCCAUCUUGGAGAUGGCAACAUUUUAAAGAAGAAAAAAUAUAUUUCUGUCUUGACUGGCUUGGAAUGGUACUCUUAAUUGAUUCGGAGGCCACUAAAAGGUUAUUUAUGGGACCCAAUGGCUCUAGGGCGUUCACAUAAUUUCCGCUGUGUUCUGUGACUGUCCUGUUCUUUACUCCCUAAGUACUAAGUGUUGUGGGAAGUCUUGAACUAAAUGUAAAGUUUCCGUAGCUUGUUAGAACUUGAAGCCCCUGUUCAUGGUAGAUAAAUAACGAAGGUGUCACUCUGUAGCUGUUCACAUUUGUGGUCACGUGUGGGCUCCAAUGCUGUGCUGGUAAAUGGCAUUCAAAGCAAAGUGCAGCCUUCAAUCUGCACAGAUUCCGCCUGGGUCACUACCAUCUGUAGCCUCUGCUUUCCACCUCUCUUGGGCACAGUUGCUACAGUGUUUUAUUCUAUACUUCAUGUAGAAUGUUUUAAUGUGUUCUAAUAAAAGCCAAUGUUUUGCUGGCAGAUUAGUUUACCACAAUGUGAGCAGGAGUCCCAAUACAGAGAGAAGGGGGAUGAGGGGUGUUUCCUCCUGUCUACAGGGGCAGCCUGCCGCAUCGGUUACUGACUGUGCAAUCCGCACCAAUACCGGGACUUGUGCACCAGGGGGAAACGCCUCUGGUUCUACAACUUCCUGAAGGGUAUGGGGGUGUAUAAACAGUGUUAGGAUGACAAUAAAAUGUAUAAUGAUGAGGUGUAAGGAAUGCAGGAUGGGCAAUACAGCUCCAUGCUUAAAUGGCCAUUUUAUACAAAUCUCACUUCUUGGCUUCUAUUAAUUGCUACAAAUGUAAUGUUGUGGUUACUUUCUUGGCACCAGUUUGAAAUGUGCCCCAUACUGCGUAUAAGCGCUUUCCAUUCACGUAGUAACUGUCCGAUCUGCCCCGACCGGUGGCUUUAAUCCGGUAAAUGGCUGCCUGCUAUCCAGGACACGACUGCCGCCACGCUCUGUACAAGUGUAAAGACGCAUAUUGUGCAGGAAAAUAAUGCAUUGAAAUCGGGUGUUGCACUGAACGCUGAUGUCCUUGUUCUAAAACGGUUAUGUUGUAUUGAUCCCCUCGUGGAUAGAUUUCAGCCACUGAUUUGGGAAGUUUGAGAGUCUGGGCUCCCGUUUUAUUAACGAAUUCAUCUUACUGAUUUACAAAGCAAAUCUGUAAGACUCGUGCCUGCCCCAUAUAUUGGGCCUAAUUCAAGGUUUACUGCAAAACAACAUUUUCCUGUAAUGGGCAAAACCAUGUGUACUGCAGGUGGGGCAAAUGUAACAUGUGCAGAGAGUUAGAUUUGGGUGGGUCAUUUUGUUUCUGUGCAGGGUAAAUAUUGGCUGCUUUAUUUUUAAACUGCUAUUAAGAUUUCAGUUUUAACACACCCCACCCAAAUCUAACUGCACAUGUUACAUCUGCCCCACAUAGUUCUGCCCAUUAAAGGAAAACGUUUGUUUUGCAAUCAGCCUUGAAUUAGGCCUAUAAUGACCUCUCUGUACACCGGUAAUUUACAGAGGCGGAGAUGAGGACUGGUGCGCAUAUUGAGUUUAAAGCCAGCGGUUAUUUCAUGCUCACUAUCCAGUGGAUUAACACCAUAGAUUAAUGUUAAACCGUGGUUUUAUAUGUUAAAGUGCAGGAAGUUCCCUUGAAUUUGAUUCAAUGUAUGUGAACAUCUGAUCUGUUACACAUUUGUGUUUUAAAUCACAGACUUUGCUUGUGGUUGAGAGUAAUAAACGUUUGCGCUGAUGUUGUGCGAGUUGCUUGAUUACCAAGCUGACGUGUGGCUUAUUGUACGGCGCUGUCUUAAUGGAGCUCUUAAUCUUCAGAGAAGGUAAUUAACACAAACGCUGCUGCUGGAGCAUCCUUCAUCCACGUUGCUCGUUGGAUUUUAUUUUUAGGUGGAUCUCGCCAUUAACCUCUGGCCUGUAAUGUGACAGAACUCAGACGCAUGUGGCGACCUGCGCAAUCAGGAAACAGUUUCAUUAUAAAGAGCGAUGUGCUGAGAUAGUCACCAUCUUAUUUACUCUGCGCGCACGCUCCCGUGUAAGACGGGGAAUAUAAUCACUCGGCUGCACAACUAAUGCAGCGUCGCUUCCCGCUGUCCUCUGCUGACUUGUCGGAUUAUUAUCUGUCAGAUGCUGACGUUGAUUAAUCUAUGCUGAUUAAAAUAAAAAUGCGUAUAGAAAAGAAUGCUGGGAAUGUUCCGGUAUCAUUCCAAUAUGUAUUGUGUACAACAUCACCACCAAAACAUGGCAGAAGACUGCAAUAAAUUAAACGGUCUAAUCAUGAUAGUACAACUUAGAAAAUGAUGUAUAAAUAUCCGGUUGCUAGGGGUUACAGUACCAGUCCUGCAUUGUUGUUUCUGCGCCAGGGCUUGUUAAUGAGUUGUGCGUUUAUCUGCCUAUGCGUUUCAUUCAUGUUAACCCAUUGAUGUGUCGCCCUGCCGUUCCCACCCAUCGGUUGUGUAUGCCCUUAGGCAUUUUUAAUGUCGGUGCGUAUGUGUAGUAGAAGCCAUUUUGUGGGCUGAAACAGUAUUCUGACCAUAAUAACUAUAAGAUCACUAGAAACUAUGAUCUCACAGGGGCAGAUCCAUGUGAACGCAAUCAGGUCAUUAGGACUAGUGAUGUAAAUGAGACACAGUCACGGAACAGCAGUCUAUCAAUUCAAUAAGGCAGAGGUUCCAAGACCCGGUCUACAACGCACCUAACGGCCUGGGCUCAGCACAGAUGGUAAAAUCAAUUUGAUUAUUUUAGGUCACCUGUUUCCAAGCACGGGGUGCCUUGAGGAUUGUGUUUUGAAACCUCUGGCCUACUGCUAACACAGACAUAUUCAUGAGACGUGGUCUAUUCAUUCCGUAUGGUCCAGGUUUUAAGAAAAUCAUUGCUUGAGCAAAGGUGACUUAGUACCUCCAGUCAAUUCUGAUUUUUGCUUUCUAGGCUCAAAGCAUGGAUAUCCUUAAAACCUGGCCUGUAAUAGGAAACUCUGCCGUAAGGACUACUGCUAUCGCUGAGGCGCUUCACAAAACGAAAAGAAGUAAAGUUUAUGUAUGGGAACAGAAUAACAAAAGAUUAACACAUUUCCUGUGUACAAGGCUUAGUGUGCGUGACAACACUGCACAAAGCGGGUGGAUGUUUUUAUGAGGUGAGCCUAGGUUACUAUUCCCAAUGGUAGUCCACGUGGAAUGUAAAGUAUGAAAAAGUAAAAAAAACAAACCUCGUCGACCUUUUUCUAUGCCGACCGUGUUCAUGUCGACCUAUUUCCUGUGUCUGCCUACUUAAUGUUGACCAAUAGGUGCUGACCUUGAGUCUGGAUACUGCCAAGAUAUAAUCUGGAGCACAGAGGGUUAAUGGUUUUACAAAGAGCAGCAAAAUUAUCAGUAACCGUUGUCCUGGCUGCUUGGGCAUGGGGGGAUGAGACAGGGGGGGGAUAUCCAAUUAGCCCCAGUUACUUACCGGUGCUAAUUGUCCUGCUGGGGGCUAUCCAAUUAACCCCGAUUAGCAGUCACGAGACGCGGCUCACUGGCGACUUUGCUUCGCCUGCUGGAAACUGCCCGUUAUCAUGUAAAAAUUGGGCAGUUUCUACCAAAAACGCGUUUCACUGAACCGAUGUGUUUUCGAGAGAAAGGGCUUUUGGUUCGUUUUUUUACAGGCGAUCAAUUUGGAUAGCCUGUAAAAAAAAAAAAAAAAAAUUUUGAAAAACAUACAUUUUUCGGACCCCACGUUUUACCAGGGGCUAAUUGGAUUACCCCCCAGAGAGAGAGCCUUGAUUUGUAUAUAAGAUUUAUUGAUGUCUGCUAAAAUCUUCAGCUGAUCUGUAGUCGGGUUGGUCCUUAAUAUGUCCUUAUCUGUAUGGCAAAAGGAGGAAGAAAUGUUUCUAUUUGCAUAUGAUUGUAUUAUCCAUUGGGGUGGGGGGAAUAGGGACAACCAAUAAAACAAAUGUGUAGGGCAGAUGUUCCCAAACUGUGUGCCGUGGCUUCCUGGGGUGCCUCGGGACACUUGCAGGGGUGACCUGGGUUGGUGGUCCAGGACCAAUUUAAAUUAUUUAUGAUCAAUGUAAUAGGCAAAACCAGCGCUGGUGGUUGCUAAUCAUAAAAUAUGUGGACAAACAGAAGCAAUUCCUGUCCCUCACCACACAACAGAACCUAAGGAUGACAUAUAAACACCAUUUACUUCAUUUAAUAUUUAUUCUAAAUCUCUCAAUAAAAAACUUUUGGCCUAGGGGUGCCAUGAAAAAAAUUCUGCUACUCAAGGGCACCGUGAUUCAAAAAAGUUUGGCAACCACUGGUGUAUGGGCCUAAUUCAGAUCUACUCGCAGCAGUAAAUAUGUUAGUUGGCCAAAACCAUGUGCAGUGCAGGUGGGGCAGAUGUAACCUGUGCAGAGAGAGUUAGAUUUGGGUGGGGGGGGUGUUCACACUGAAAUCUAAGUUGCAGUGUAAAAAUAAAGCAGCCAGUAUUUACCCUGCACAGAAACACUAUAACACACCCAAAUCUAACUCUCUCUGCACAUGUUAUAUCUGCCCCACCUGCAGUGCACAUGGUUUUGCCCAACUGCUAACAAAUUUGCUGCUGCGAUCAACUCUUAAUUACCCCCAAUGUCUCUUUUUGAUGUGGACACUGACAAGUGGAAGGGGGAUUAUUGAGGCUCAGGCCAGGCUUUAUAUAAUAACUACAAGAGUGCUAGUCGCUUUCUUCCGUCAGGCAGAAUCUGGGCGUCACAGGGAAUUCUGAGACGCUUUUUGUGGGUUUAUCCGUGGGCCGUUAUUAUAAACAAAGGCCGGACCCGUUUAUAUACUGGCAGAAUCACUUAACUUCUCCUAAUUUGUAUUUGUAUAGUUCCGCGAGGUCACAAAUCUAACUUUGUAUAGAUGUUGUUUCCAGGGCGACCGGGCCCAUUUUGCGAGCAGCUGUCGGAAAAGAGAUUCUUUGGGAAAAUGACAAUAAGCAUUCAGCGACUUGUGAUCAGCAGGUGCUACCUCCAGCUUCAAAGGGAGUCACACAGAGUUCUGCCCCUUCCCGAAUCACUGCUGUCUGCCGAAGCCCACUGCAGCUUCCAUUAUUCAGCAGAGGGAAAUGUGUAUUCUCUGGCAUCAUCACAAACAUAAGGGACAUGCUCACUGAUCACAGUUCCCGCAUCAAUAAAAGGCGACAGGUUGUGAUGCCUUUUACUGGAGCAAUGAGCAGUUGUACUUAUUUAUUUACAAAUCCAGCGAAAGUUUAAAAGUCUGAUGUUAUUGUUUUGUGUCAUCUGUAAAAUAAAGAAAACAUUCUGUUACAUUUACAAACUUCUUUUAA